ACAGAAACCUAAUUUUAUUUUCUCGUCAAUCCAUCUCCUCAAACUGAUUAUGAAUUAGUAAACGAGCCAAAUAGUAUUAACAUAGGUGCAUGCAUAUCUCAUUUUUAGCAUUUUUUCUGCUAAAUAUAUAUGUGCAUGCAUGCAUUCUGAUUACACGUCUUUAUUUUUCCCGAUUAUCCUAGUUAGGUAAACAAACGUGCAUAAUAGCAAUAGCAUCCCAUUGAAUCCCGGAUUCCUUAUGUUUGGAUCGGCAAGAAUCAGUAGGCCAACCCAUCUUUUUCGUACCUGCAUCAAGCAUGAAUUUAUGGGUGGGUAAUGAUGACACUCUAACUGGUCAAAGAGGGUGGCCCACUUGAUAACUUGUUGGCCUCAUCAUGAAGAACUUGCACCCCAAACAGCAGGUUAAUUAGGAGAGCAAUUUGAACAAAAGGAAUUUAUCCCUUGUAUCCUCUCGCAUUAUUUAACCCUUUGCAAGCCCAAAGAUAUCCCACAGAAACCCACACCGUCCUCAAUUAGACAUCGAUUUCUUCUUCUUCGCUAAGAAAAAGAAAAUGGCAAACGCAGCCGUGACUGUGAUGCUCAUGCUCAUCAUCGCCGUCGUCGCUGCAACCACCGAAGGAGCUCAAAGCACCUCCACACAACCCAAGUGGACCAACAAGCUCAAGACGAGGAAGAACUUGACGUCGUCAGAGACAGUGACCAACCUCCACUUCUACUUCCACGACACAGUCAGUGGGAAGAACCCAAGUGCCGUCCGUAUAGCCCAAGCCACAGACACCAACAAGUCCCUCACCCUUUUCGGAGCUCUGCUCAUGGUAGAUGACCCGCUAACUGAAACGCCUGACCCGAAUUCCAAGCUCGUGGGCCGGGCGCAGGGGAUGUACGGGUCAUCCGGGCAGCAAGAGUUUGGGCUUACUAUGGCCAUGUGCUUCGCGUUCUGUGAUGGCAUUUAUGAUGGGAGCUCGAUUAGUAUUUUCGGUAAGAACCCGGCUCUGAAUCUGGUUCGGGAGAUGCCGGUUGUGGCCGGAACUGGCGUUUUCCGGUUCGCCCGGGGUUAUGCAAUUGCCCGGACGCAUUGGUUUAAUAUUAUGGGUGAUGCAAUUGUUGAAUACCAUGUCACUGUAAUUCACUAGAGCGAGCUAGCUAGUACACUUGUGAUCUUUCAUGUAUACUUCGCUUUUCUUUGUUGGUUCAGUUAAACUUUGAAUGCUGAUUUCUGGUUUGCUUGA